AUGUCUCAGUGGUUCGCUCGCUUAUCUCUACAGACGUCUCAUUCCAUCACGUUGCAACCCCAAGAUCUACGCAUGGAUGCCUGUGCAUGUGCCGGUCUGUUUCAAGGUGUUUACAUGUCAGAUGUCGAAUUGAUUGACCUCAUCGUGGUUUACCUCAACGGAAUCUUGUCAUCCACAUUCCCAUCAUCAGAACCACCAUCAUCAUCACCACCACAACUACCGAAACAACAACAAAAUAGUAAUGUGAAUGACAAAACAACAACAAAACAAGAACAACAACAGUGA